AUGGAAUUUUCCAAAGAAGGUGAUUUUAAUAUAGCUGGGGUUUUCUCUAUGACAAGUAUUGAGAAACAGAUAGAUAAUGGCUACAAGGCAGUUCCUUAUUCAUAYUGUGAAAAUUGGAAUGAUCGGGAGCUGAAGUUUGCCAGAACAAUGAUUUUUACAGUGGAAGAAAUCAACAGGGAUCCAACACUCCUCCCAGGAGUAAGUCUGGGUUAUAGGGUGUACAAUGGAUGUGGUACUACAAACCUGGUUCGAGCUGCUCUUGAAGCAGUAAAUGGAAAUAAUUUUCUGAACUGUAGUGGUCAGACUCUGGCUGUCUUAAGUCAUUCAUCCUCGGGAGUAAGUGAAAACAUAAACUUCUUACUCAGCUCUCUGUCUGUACCACAGCUGAGUCACCUGUCUACCUGUGCAUGUUUAAGUGAUAAAACACGAUACCCAACAUUCUUCAGAACUGUGCCAAGUGACCAGUUCCAAAGCAAAGCUCUUGUACAGCUGAUGGACUACUUUAACUGGCGYUGGAUUGGGAUUAUUUAUUCUGAGAGCACAUAUGCAGAAGAAGGCACAGCAUCUUUUGUUAAGGAAGCCAAGAAAAAGGGRAUAUGUGUGGAAUACUGGCURAUGUACUCUAGRACAUCUCAGACUUUUGAUUUUAUAUUGGAGGCACUGAGGAAGUCCACGUCAAACGUGGUGCUGAUGUUCAUGUCCUCAUCUUAUGCAACAUCCUUUCUGGCAAAAAUGGAAGUUUAUAACAUAACUGGAAAACAGUGGGUUGGCAGUGAGUCCUGGAUCACACAGAAGGACCUUGUCUCUGUUAAUACAAAGCAUAUCCUGCAGGGGGCAAUGGGUUUUGCUCUCCCUGACAGACCUAUACCAGGUCUUGGUAAAUUCCUGCUUAACCUGAAGCCCUCAGAUGAACCACAAAGUGUUAUAAUUAAAGCUUUCUGGGAGAAAUUCUUUCGCUGYAGAUUCUCUCCAUCAAAUACCUCCAAAAUGUGCACUGGUGCAGAAAAUCUACAAACAGUCAUCAGUGACUACACACAAGUCUCAUAUUUCAGAGAAGAGAAUAAUAUAUACACAGCUGUGUACUCUGUAGCACAUACCCUGCAUGCCAUUCUGCAGUGUCAAAAUGCUUUAAAUUCUACAAAAAAAACAUGUGUGACCAAGAAUGAAGUUCAACCCAAGUUUGUCUUGGAAAACUUAAAGUCUGUGAAUUUCACAACAAAGAAUGGAGUCAAAGUUUUCUUUGAUGAAAACGGUGACUCCGUUGCCCAGUAUGACCUUGUCAACUGGCAGAUUAAAGAAAACGGUUCAGUUGAAAUUGUACAAAUUGGACAAUAUGAUGAUUCUCUACCUGAUAGACUGAAAUUAAACUUGAAAGAGGAUGCCAAGAUAGUUUGGGGGGAUGACAGAAAUSAGGUGCCAAAGUCUGUCUGCAGAGAACCCUGUCUACCAGGGACUCGACAGGCACUAAACAAGAAUAAGCCUGUAUGUUGUUUUGAUUGCAUUGAGUGCCCRGAUGGAACUAUCAGUAAUAGGACAAAUUCUCUUGACUGCUUGACUUGUCCACCUGAAUUUUGGCCAAAUGAAGAGAAAARCAAGUGUCUUCCUAAACACAUUGAAUACCUUUCUUAUAAGGAGAUCAUGGGUGCACUUCUUACUGGAUUCAGCACAUUUGGCAUGUUUUUAUCCCUCCUUAUAUCAAUGAUUUUUGUUAUACAUAAAGAGACCCCCAUUGUAAGAGCAAACAACUCUGAAUUAAGCUUCCUGUUGCUGUUUUCAUUAAAACUGUGCUUUCUCUGCUCUCUGACCUUCAUUGGUCGACCCACACAUUGGUCCUGCAUGUUACGACACACAGCGUUCAGCAUCACCUUUGUCAUCUGUAUUUCCUGUGUUCUGGGGAAAACAAUAGUGGUUUUAAUGGCCUUCAAAGCAAAACUUCCAGGCAGUAAUGUCAUUAAAUGGUUUGGGCCUCUACAGCAAAGGCUUAGCAUUCUCAUGUUUACUCUCAUACAGGUUGCUAUUUGUACACUUUGGUUAACAAUAAAUCCCCCAUUUCCAAACAUGAAUAUGCAGUAUUAUAAAGAUCAAAUCAUUUUAGAGUGUGCGCUUGGUUCGGYUCUUGGGUUCUGGGCGGUGUUGGGUUAUAUUGGACUUCUUGCUGUCCUGUGCUUUAUACUUGCUUUUUUGGCAAGAAAGCUACCAGACAGCUUUAAUGAAGCCAGACUGAUCACAUUUAGCAUGUUGAUAUUCUGCGCAGUCUGGAUCACCUUCAUCCCAGCAUAUGUCAGCUCUCCAGGCAAAUUUACUGUGGCUGUGGAGAUAUUUGCGAUUCUGGCCUCCAGUUUUGGUUUGUUGCUUUGCAUUUUUGCUCCAAAAUGUUAUAUUAUAGUACUAAAGCCAGAACAAAACACAAAAAAACAUUUGCUGGGAAAAGUACCACCAAGAACACUUUAAUUUGUAAUUCCAACAAGAACAAUGUUUAUGUGAAAACGACAGGCAGAAAAACUACAUUUCCAUUUUGCC